AUGGAUUACACCCUGGCAGAGUACUACUCGGAACAGUUUGAGUCGCUUUCCGCCGCACAGUCUCUAGAGAAGCUUGUUUACAAGCUAGGUUACCCGGAGCCCUUGUUGAGAAUACAGUAUGACCAUUCCUACUUUAUCCGCGGCUUGGUUGUCGAUAAAGAAUUUGGCAACAUCAUUAAGCUGGAUAGGCACAAGUACGUCAAGCGUGCCAUGCACGGGUUUAGCACCCUGUCCAAAGAGGAUCGCGCUUCCAUGUACGACUCCCUCACCACGUCUGGCGGCGGCUUCGGCGAGCCGCGUUUCGCCGUCCUGGACGCCAUGUUUGCUCUGCCGGACGCCUAUUUGUUUAGCAGUGUCGUGGCGUACAAGGAUGCCAACCCGGGCGAAAUUAACCAGUCUUACUCCCAGAUUUACAAAGACGUACGCACAAGCGUUGACAUGUGCCAUCGCGAUGGCUCGAUUAAGGACCGUGUCAAGGAAAACCCGGAAAAAUACAUACAGAGGGAUCCGCAGAUGGUCCAUAUGCUAAGGCAAUUGAAGCGCUCGGGGAGAAAGGUGUUUCUGUUGACCAAUUCGCUAUGGAAUUAUACGGAUGUAGUAAUGAAUUAUCUGUACGGGCUGGAGAAGGAGGGAAGGUGGAUUGAUUUGUUUGAUGUCAUCAUUACGGGAUCGUGCAAACCGGCGUUUUUGCUUAACAAUAAGCUGUCGCUGUACCGCGUAGACCCCGAUUCUGGAGGUUUGUCGAACACAGAGGGCGUUUACGAACAAACAGCGGAAGAAUAUCUGGCUGAAGGCAAAUGUUUCCAGGGUGGUAACUAUAGUCAUUUGCAUGACUUGGUCGGGGUGCAAAGCGGGACACAUCUUUUGUACGUGGGUGACCAUAUCUUUUCGGAUGUGCUGAGGAGCAAGCGUACGCUUGGAUGGCGGACAAUGUUGAUUGUGCCAGAGUUGGAGCACGAAAUCAACACAAUGCACGAUCAGGAUACGAUGCAGCUCAAGGCAAACAUCGAUGAGCUUCGCGACGAACGCGACGCAGUGGACGAAUGGGUAGACCGGCUGGAAGGUCUGUUGGUCUCGUCCGACUCGUUACCAGUGGGGAAGCGCAAAGUAGUGAAAGCAGAGCUGGAGGAGGCUCGAGACAAGCUGGAAGCCAUGCGGGCAGAGCUGAUCGUUCAGGUAGAGAUGUACCACAAGCGUUUCCAUAGCGUCUGGGGUCAGUUGUUUAAGACUGGGCUACAAAACUCGCGUUUUGCUGAGCAAGUCGAAGACUACGCGUGCUUGUAUACGUCAGCGGUUACGAAUAUCGGAUUGGUAUCACCGGAGAUCUACUGGCGGGCGAUGGCGGAUCUGAUGCCGCAUGACCGUCUGGAGGCGAGCCCAAUGCGCCGGGUGUUGAAGAAACGAGCUGAGCGAGAGCGGCUUGCUGGAUGA